CUUGAACUGAACUCCUUUUGAUUUUUUUUCUCCAACACUCUUUCGCAAUUUCAGUCGAAUUACCAUUUGAUUCACAUUUCACUUCUUCUCCCUUUUUAAUUUUCCUAUUUGAUACUCAGAACAAACAGAUAUUCAAAAGAAAAUUGGGUUUAGAAAUGGAGUCGAGAGAAGUACAGGGUCAGGCGGCAAUGGGGAGGGGAUUACAGCUACAGGAAGCGCAAUACAUGGUAAUAGGACCCACAUCAUCCUACCCUUCCAACUCCACCUUGAUCAACUCUAAUCCCACCGCUAAUUUCCCUCCUCCUCCAGCUCAUCGUUUCUCCUUCAACCCCUUAACUUCCCCGCCGUCGCAUAAUCAGCACCAUUUACAACAGUUCCAUCAUCAAAACCAACAGCUACUCAAGCCGUUGGAUUCUUUGAACUCCGUCGACUUUGAUGGAUCGCCUCAAUUUCAGUACAAUACGGAACACGCCAUGAAAAAGAAGCGAGGUAGGCCUAGGAAAUAUGCUCCCGAUGGUAACAUUGCUUUACAAUUGGCACCCACCACCCCAGUUGCUAACCACUCCCCCAAUCACGGUGGUAGUGACUCUGUCGGUUUAGAAAGUGUUGGUGAUGCGGUGGAACAGCCUCCUAAAAGGAAUCGCGGAAGGCCGCCCGGUUCUGGAAAAAGACAGAUCGAUGCAUUAGGUGGUGUUUCAGGGGUGGGAUUUACUCCUCAUGUGAUCACCGUGAACGCAGGAGAGGAUGUAGCAUCAAAGAUUACGGCCUUUUCACAGCAAGGACCGCGCGCAGUCUGUAUUCUCUCUGCAAAUGGUGCUGUCUGUAAUGUUACACUCCGCCAGUCUGGUGGUAUGGUAAAAUAUGAGGGCCGAUUUGAAAUUAUUUCUUUAUCAGGUUCGUUUUUGGUUUCUGAAAAUAAUGGUAGUUGCAGCAGGAGUGGCGGAUUAAAUAUCUCCUUGGCUGGGUCUGAUGGUCAAGUAGUAGGUGGUGGAGUUGCAGGCACACUACAGGCAGCAACACCAGUUCAGAUCAUUGUCGGCAGCUUUAUUGCAGAUGGGAAAAAACAGAACUUGGAUGUUUUGAGAACUGGACCUUCUUACAUACCAACAUCGAAUUUGCAAACCUUCGGGGCUCCAGGGACAGCAGGUAGCUCUCCUUCACAUGCUGGCUCAAGUAAGUCUUCUGAUGAAAACGGCGGUAGCCCUCUUAAUGGAGGGUCUGGUUUUCAUAAUAACUUGGCUCCUCCAUCUAUGCAUGAUAACAAUAUGCAAAUGCAAAUGAACUCACUUUGGCCCGGCCACACUAAACAAUGAGGAUGCCGUUUUCUGAAUUACCAGUUGAGCAGUUUGGGCUUGGGCAUCGACUCAGUGAAUGUUCUUGCAUAACACUUAGUUGUCAAAUUGCGAGAGAAUCAUUUUUUCUUCUUAGAUCCAGGGUUUUUCUUGAUUGUGGUGUAGGUUUCAAGUUUUGUUCAGGUCAUUGAAAAAUGACUGUUUUUGAUAGCAGAAGAACGUUUGCAGCUAUUUCUUAGACUCUACUGGAUUGGAGCUUAUUAGGUUUCAGAUGUUUAAGGUU